UGAUGGUGACUUGAAAUUGCCUAAUGGUGGAAAUAUUCAUCCUACAGAGACUGCUGCCUUACCAGCAUAUCACUUUUCAAGGACCAUGCAGCAUGGUCCUUGGGGAAUGCAAACAUUCACAAGCCUUUCAUGUGAUAUGGACAAGUUCCAUAAGGCAAGUAUACUCAGGCCAAUUGGUCAAGUCAAUUGAGUUCAGGUUGAAGGCUACAUUGAGAAUGCUUAUUUUAAAGUAGUGAGUUAGACUGAGAGAGCCCUCACACUGAAGAAAACUUGACUUCUUAUCUGGGAUGUCCAAGUCACCCAAGUGGUUCUCUGGAAGAAUAACUGACUGUCUGUAUGCUGGAAAUGCUGAUAACUCACCGUCACAGGAAAUCUACACGGCUAGAUGCAAGUUUACUUGAUGCCACUCAAGAUCCUACCCUCAGAAAGUUUGUAAUGUGGAAGGGGAGAUGACACCUGCAGAGAUCUGGGAUGUGAGGCCCACCUCACCACCCCGGGACAUGUAUGCAUGCAUGCACAUUUGCUGUGAUGUGCUUAGAGCUUGACGUAGUGUGUUGGCAGAAGUCUCUUCAGUCUGGUGUGGGACCUGCAGCAGUGGAGGAUUUAAGUGCAUUGCUCGUCCUGGGUAUCUUCAUCUUGGACGAGGAAGCCGAGGCUCAGUAAGAUCAAGUGGGACCUAAGGCAGGAACCUCCUUGAGCAAUUGGAUCCAGAUUCUCCAGGUGGAGGAUUUUGUUGAUUAGAAUACAGAUUGAAAAGUCGAGAGCAGCAUGUUUUGCCCACUGCAGCUGGUCCUGAUCCCAACGUUACUGGCUUGUUCCUUGGGCCUGAAUGACUUUAGUGCUUCCCCCGCUGAACUCACAGUCCAUGUGGGUGAUUCAGCUCUGAUGGGAUGUGUUUUCCAGAACCUAGAAGGGAAACACGUGACCAAAGUAGACUGGAUGCUGUCACCUGGAAAGCAUGCUGAGGAUGAAUAUGUGCUAUACUAUUAUGGCAACCUCAGUGUGCCUGUGGGGCGCUUCCGGAACCGUGUGUUUUUGGCGGGAGACCUCCUACAAAAAGAUGGUUCUCUGCUGCUCCAAGAUGUGCAAGAGGCUGACCAGGGAACCUACACCUGUGAAAUCCGCCUUGAAAGCGAGAGCAAGGUGUUAAAAAGCAAAGUGGUGCUACAUGUGUUACCAGAGGAGCCCAAAGAAGUCACGGUCCAUGUGGGUGAUUCAGCUCUGAUGAGAUGUAUUUUCCACAGCACAGAAAAGAAACGCCUGACCCAGGUAGACUGGAUGUUCUCUUCCGGAGAGCAUACCAAGGAAAUCGUCUUACACUAUGACCUCAAAUUCCAGUUUCCUGAGAGAUACUUCCCUUACCAGGGUCGCUACCAGAACCGUGUAAACCUGGUGGGAGACAUUUCCCACAACGAUGGUUCCAUCAUGCUCCAAAGAGUGAAAGAGUCUGAUGGAGGAAUCUACAACUGCAGUAUCCACCUGGGGAACCUGCUCUUCAGGAAAACUCUUGUGCUGCAUGUGACUACGGAAAAGUCUCAAACCCUGAUUCCAGAAAUCCCUAGACCUGAGCUCCUGGGCGGGAAUCAGCUGGUGAUCAUUGUGGGGAUUGUCUGUGCCACUCUCCUGCUGUUCCCUGUUUUGAUAUUGAUUGUGAAGAGGACCCACUGGAAUAAGAGUUCACUAAAUUCUACAGCCUUUGUUAAAAGCCUGGAGAACAUGGAGAAGGCCUAUCCAGAGAAACAUGUUUACUCCUCUAUAACUACACAGGAAGUGAGGGAGGAAGAAGAACCAAGUGGGAAAUCAGAGGCCACCUACAUGACCAUGCACCCAGUUUGGCCCUCUCUGAGGUCAGUUCCAGCUGGGGGAAUUCCAAAACCAGAGCAUGCUUUUUGAGAAGAAAGGAGAGUUUCCUUCAAUUUAGCAGCAGCAGGGACUCUGUCCUCCCUCUGUGUUGCUGAGAUACUGUACCAGUUAUUUCAGACCCCUGCCCUCCAGGUAUCCUUGGCUUUUAUCAAAGGGCUGAAGAUGGAGGGUUUGGAGCCUGGCAGAAGGACUGAACAGCUCUGGAGGAGCAGGCUCUGCUGAGGAGAGGGAGAGAAUGAACUUGGCUGGCUAGAAGGGCCCAGAGGAAGUUGGCUGAGGCACUGUGGUGGCCUCAAGCACUCCAUCGGAUCAGACCCGUCAUAUGGACAAUGUGCUUUGUGGUUGAGCUACUGAGAAGAAUCACAGAGAUAAAAACCAAUGCAAAUGAUUCCAUCAAUAAAUGAUGCCUAAAUAAA